GCCAAAAAGCUCGUGUGUUAUUUCUACGUAAUCGGCUUCGACGAGAAGUUUUGUUUUGAUCUUAAAGUUGUACCUUUCGCGAGGGUGUUAGUGGGGAGAUAUCGAUCGCGGGACCAUUGACGUCCGUUCUGGAGAACGAGCUUUUCUCCUCGCACCUUUGACUAGGCUAACCUCUCGAUAAUUGUAUUUUCUCACUUAUAGCUUCGUAUAUACGUGUAUACAUAUAUUAUAGAUAUAUACGUAUGUACAUAUAUAUAUAUAUAUAUAUAUAUAUAUAUAUAUAUCUAUAUUUCCUACAUGUGUGUUUGCGUGUGCGAAUGAAAAUUAGAUGCUGACUAGUUUUCAAUAAAAGUUUGAAAAACGUGCCUGUAACGAAGUAAACUGUAUUGUGACCAAUGGAGGCUAUUCCGUGAAUCUCUAAUUUAACAUUUGUCGACAACGGAAGUGGAUCUGAAGACAAAUAUUAUAUCAUUUGGAUAAUACGUUUCUUUUUUCUCUCUCUUUCUCUCUCUUUCGCUCUUUCUCCCCCCUCUCUCUUUCUCUUUAUGGUCGUAGAGCGAUCAAGAAGUCACUUUUACGAGUCCAGAUUUUUAUUGAGACACAGAUGGAAUUUUGAUACAGACAAUAAACGUGUGGAUUUUUGAAACUUCGCAUGACCGAGUGCCUGAACGGAGAUUCUCCAAUUACAUUGUGAUAAUAACAUCUGUGAAGAGUGCGCGAUCUCUCGCCAUCUUUGUUUUGAUAUCGAUUCAGUGUGCGCAAGAAGAUCGAUCGAUUGGCGAACGAGCCGUCGAAAUGUUCGACUGAUCGAGCUCACUUCGAGUCGUGUUCUUAAUAUUCCAUCCACUGGUUCCGAAGGUCUGUCCCAUCUCCACAACGCCGUUCAAAAAUGGGUCGGAAGAAGAUUCAAAUUUCGCGCAUCACGGACGAACGGAAUCGUCAGGUGACAUUCAACAAAAGGAAGUUUGGGGUAAUGAAGAAGGCAUAUGAGCUGUCGGUACUAUGCGACUGCGAGAUCGCCCUGAUUAUCUUCAGUUCGAGUAACAAGCUGUAUCAGUAUGCGAGCACCGACAUGGACAAGGUUCUUCUCAAGUACACCGAGUACAACGAACCCCAUGAGUCCCUCACCAACAAGAAUAUCAUCGAGGCACUCAACAAGAAGGAACAUAAGGGCGCCAUGUCCCCGGAAAGUCCGGAGCCUGACGCGAUCGAGUACAAUCUCACUCCGCGCACCGAAGCCAAAUACACGAAGAUCGACGAGGAGUUCCAACUGAUGAUGCAGAGGCACCAACAUAACGGCACUCGGGCAAUGGGACAAUCGAAUUACACUCUACCCGUAUCCGUACCAGUGAAUAGUUACGGCGAAUCUCUACUUGGAUCUAGUCCCCAAAUGGCGCAUACCAGCAUUUCUCCAAGACCGUCGUCUUCUGAAACAGAUUCAGUAUAUCCACCAGGAGGGAUGUUGGAAAUGAGUAAUGGUUACCCACCAUCGGCAUCACCACUAGGAGGUUCACCUAGUCCAGGACCUUCGCCGGCACUAGGAGUCGGAGGAGGCAGUGCAAACAAAGGCAGUAAUCCGUCUAGGCAUUCACCACAACCUCCGCCUCCUCCACCGCCGCCUCAUCCUCACAGGACUAAUCUUCGAGUAGUUAUUCCAACACCCCUUACGCAACCUCUCUCCGAAGACACUAGUUACGAUAGUGGCCAUGCACAAUCCACAUUGAACACACCAGUAGUAGCACUGCAAACACCAUCAGUUCCAGCUGGAUAUUCUAGUUUUGGACCAACGGAUUAUUCCUCAGACUUAGGAAGCUUAGCAUGGUCUCAUCAGAGGUACGUUGAUGACUUAUCAAUGUAUUCGGCAGCCACCAUGUCCAGCAUCAGUGGUCUUCCCCAUCUAGCAGUGUCGAGCAGUACACCGCCACCGGCCACAUCGCCAUUACCAGUGAAGAUAAAAAGUGAACCGAUUAGUCCACCUAGAGAUCCUCAUGGUGGCAACAGUGGCUCGAACAGCGGGCCGAGUAAUACCAGCAAUCUUCAUCACACAACUCUGAACGUGGGACCUUCGUCUAGUACCGGUGCACCACCUCCACACCAUGUACCUCAUCCGGGACCACAAUCGUUGAAUCUUGUGUCGAGCAGACCGAGCAGUAAUCCACCGCCAUCUCACUCCGGUAGUAUAACGCCGACGAACCUUCCGUCACCUGGAAGCGGCACAGUGGCAGAUAUUCGAACGAGUCACUCGAACGCCGGGGGAAACGGUGGGAAUAACUCAGACUAUGAGAAUGGACCGCUGAUGAAGCGUUCCAGGAUCACUGAGGGCUGGGCGACUUAAUAUCAAUCGUAACGGUUAAUCGCUCGAUCGUUUCAUACCUCUACGUACAACGGCGUAUAGUGCUUUUGUGAAAAGUUCCGGGACUUGAAGUCAAAGACUCGUUAAUUAUUAUACGCAAUGUUCGGCCAUGGUUCUUUUUUUUUUCUCUUCUUGUAGUUGGAUGCGCGCAUAAGACGAAGAAUCCUUGCGAAGAGUCCGACUUUGGCUGGACAAGAGAGGACACAAAUUUGUUUAUAUUUUAAAAGUCCAGAAACACACGUAACACGACACAUACACUUACAUACACAUACACAUAAAAGAAUACGUUUGUUUGACGAUUAAAUAACGGUGCCAUAAUGUUGAAGCGUUACACGUAUAUAUAUAUAUAUAUAUAUAUACAUAUAUAUAUAUAUAUAUAUUAUAUUAUACAAUAUAUGAUGGAUACAUAUAUAUAUAAUGUUCAUUAUAUAUAAAAUAUAUAUAUAUAUAUAUAUGUAUAUUUUAAUGUAUAUAAUACGAAAGUUGUUUGUAUAUAUGUCAUUUAUUCAUUGUCAUUUUCUUCGUGACAUGGCAUAUUGUGUCUUUGAUACUUGUCGCUAAUGGCGAAGAUAUAUUCUAUUCCGAGUGAAGAAAGGUAAUGGCGGUACGUUUAGAAUUGAUGUUAAGAAACGAAUCGGGAGCACAGCAUUUCGGAAGAUAAGUGAAUUGACAACCGAAUUUCUAAGAGCUUUCGAAAACGUUUAAUGAAUUUACGGUUUAGAGAUUUAUAAAUAAUUGUACUUUGUUACUUGUUUCUUUUUUUUUUUUUUUUUUUUUUGUGCGUUAUGAUGGUAGGUAGGCAAGACCGCGGCAUAAUCCGUUAAUUGAUGUUUUUACAUAAUGAAUGCCGAGAGCAAUGAACAUAAUUUCUCUCUUAAUUGAAUGCCUAGUCAGAGAAUAAUGAUAUUCGAUUAGUAUAUAAAUUUUAAUUUUACAAUUUUUCUUUAUUUUUUCUUUUUUUUUUGUAAUUGCAAUAUCUCUUUCCUUUAUUCCAGAAAAAAGAAUCAUACUCUUACUUUAUAAACGAUCAAUGGAGUCGUACGAACAUUUUAUUAGAAAAUCUGCACAUAGAUUUUCAUAUCAUAUGAGUCUUAGAUCGUUUAAUUUUCUUUUUAACAAAUCGUUGGGUUUGUUUUUAAAAUAGCGGAGUUUCUCCCUCCUCUUUUUCUUUUUUCUUAGCGAACUAAUUAACGGUCUAUGUCCGCUAAUAAACAGAAAGAUGUUGAAUAAUUAAUCGGCUGCUGUACUCAAAAUAAUUGCGAGUAGAGAAAAAAAAAUAUGAUCGAAAAUUAAUAUAUUAAUUAUUAUGAGGUAAUAGAGGAGAUAUAUGCAUAUUACAUGUGAAAUAAGCAUCUAAUAUAGUGUUGAUUAUUCAAACAGAAAAGAAAGGUAUAUACACACGAACUUGCAGAUGUAUACAUAUAUACAUACGUUAUAUACAUUUUCCACAAGUAUUUUGCACAUUUGAUAUAAAGAAAAAAAAUGAAAGGUGACAUGGAAGGAAGAAACUUUGCAACCCUUAACGCCUAAGUCAUACACAACGAGAGCUUGCACCUCUGUAAGCAUUUAUUUCCAAAUAAUAAUCUAUGGGAAUUAGCAAAUUUAUUUGAAUCAGUAUUUAAAUCCAAUAUUCAUGGCACACGAUUUUUCUAUAACAGUGGAACACAGUUAAAUUAAAUAUGAAAUAUAGGGAAAGAGAAUAUUUAUUAUAUAUAGUACAUCCUUGUAAAAUGCUUUGUUAGUCGAAUCCAUAAUUAGUUGGCAAGAUAGGGUUGCAAUUGUAAAAUACAGAAAGUCUUCUUCCUAAGUUAAACCGCUUUCGGGAUGGUCUCAGCCUAUGCUUUACUCAAUCUCAGGAUGUAUCCUGGUGCGAGCUGCUCUCAAGAGUCGUAUUUGGUACAUUACUGUAAUUAAUUAACGUAAUUAAUGGAAUACACAAACGAUAUAUGAAUAAAUAGUGCCUGGCACCAUUUGUGGCCCUCCUUCAGGUUGACUUGUUCACGUUGUGACUCGCAUAAGGUGACUCGUCGACAAGCUACGUGUAAAGAAAAGUGUGUAUCAUACUGAAAGAUACAAAAAAGUGGAUUAAAAAUAGUAAAAGAAAGCGAUGUUGAGUAGAGUGAGAAAGAAAGAAGAAAAUAGAGAGAAAGAGUGGUAGAAAGGUUUAUCCGUACUACACAAAUUAGUGGAAUCAUAGACUUUGUUUUACAACGUUCUGUCGACGAAUCGACAACCUGGCAAGUCAGUCUCGGUUAUAUUAUAACCGAAGAUUAUAUUAUACGUACGUUGAAGAAGGUAAAGAAAGAAGAGUCGUAUGAAUCUUCGAUAUUAAUUUGUUUCUUUACUAACGUUGCAGUUAGAAACUAUCUAAUGACUGUAUGAACAAUCGGUGUGCGAAACAUAAGAUAUAUAAUGUAUAGUCACUAAUGAUUAAUCACAAAUUUUUAAGAUGAUCACAAAGUGCAAUCUCUUAGCCAACACACUUUUUUAUCAAAGAAAAAAAAAAGUAUAAAGAAAUUGUUAUUUUUCAUAACGAAAAAAGUAAGAUUUAAUGUAUUAAAAAAAAGUAUAUAUAUAUAUGUCUCCACUAGUUAUUAAACAUUUUCCUAUUGACGCAAAAUUUAUUGUAUUUGAAUUGAUAUUAUAUAUAUAUAUAUGUAUAUAUAAUAUAUAUGUAUGUAUGUAUAUAUAUAUAUAUAUAUAUAUCUCUCUCUCUCUCUGAACUUAAGUGUACAUGCCUGAAGUAAAAAUCCUUGAAAGAUAAUCUACGAUAUGAUUGCAUUGUUUCCAAUUUUUAAAUCGCUACAGGUGGAUCACAUUGAAUAAUAUAAUUACUGAAUUAUAUUAUCUGUUACUUGAUAUUGUACGAUUAUUUCUCGGCAGUGUUUUAAAUAACCAGUGGUAUUAUUGUGCUUCAUUUGUAUGUAUAAGACAAAGCGAUUUGCACAAACUUUUCAUAUCUACAUGUAAUCAAUAGAAAUAAUGAUACUCGAGAUUUCAAAAAGAUUCAACAAAUAAAUUUGGCACAAGACAUAACUAUUGAUCAUAAGUUUGAGAACGCUGCAAGAUAAAGUCGAAUACUUUGACUGACAUAUUAUGUAAUAUGUUUUCAUAUUUCAGAAAGAUGAAUGUAAGAGUUUGAUCGAAGUAAAGAUCUUUCUUCAUUUCAUAUCUUAAUAUAACAAAUAAGUAGAGGAUACACUAAAGAAGCUAAUCUAUGAUGUCCCAAGUACACAUUAUCUCAAACUUAUGGAAAUCAAUAAUGUGAACUGGUUCAAUUUUUUCUCGCUCAAUGCACAAAAUCCAAAAUUCAAUCUUCAGUUGUGACCUCAUGCAAUUUGUACAGAGUCAUGAAGCAUGUAAUAUAUUCUUUUACAACGCAUACGUAGUUAAUGUCUCGUCUAGGCAAUUAUUAGGCGUACUUCUAAUGCUAGACUGCCUGAGAGAAAUCGUUCUAAUUUGAUCCACCGGUACUCAUGGUCUCGUAACAAGGCAAGGAUUACGAUUUGCUUACCGAUCUAUUUUAUUGUAAGAUACCCACGUGAAAAAAUAAGAAAUACGUAGUGGUACCACUUAAGGUAGGGAACUUGUUAAAUGGUGUACGUUAACGACGCGAUUGUGCGUACCAUUUUAAUGUAUAUUUUUAAUAUGAUGAUGAAGUAAGUUGCGUAAGUUACACUCACAUACACACAAAUACGCGCGAGAAAAUUCGAUCUGUAUCUAUAUCUUGUUCGGGGCACAACCGAGAGAUCAAUAUGGAGUUUUGUACCAUUUUAAAUGAUGUAUCUGUUUGGGCCUGUUGUUAAACUAUUACGUCGGUUCUAACCCUGUUGAAAGAUUAUUUACUUAUUUAUUAAGUGUUAUAUAUUAUAUAUGACGUUACAUAAUUAAUAUUUGCUAAUCUAUUAUGAUAAAUAGAGAGAGACAAAAUGGUACCAUUAUCCAAUUUAUUCUUGGAGAGAAUUUGACCAUCCUCUAAGUUGGAUCAGUUAAAUUAAUUUAAAUAGAAGAAUUUUAUACUCUACAAUAUUGGUCAAACGGUUGUGACUACAACAAGGGUUGAACGAAAAAUAUUCGAUUGCAAAUACGUAAAGCGUCAGCGAUUAUAUAGUAGUUGAGAACUCAGAGACUAUUAUCGAAGUUGUUGGAACGCUGUGAAACGAAAUGGACCAUCAUGUAGAAAAUGUUGUCGUAUGCAUUAAACUAUAGGACAUACAGGAGUUAACAAGAAAAAGCAUAAAAAGAAGAUAAAAAAAAACGUAGAGAAACAGAAUUAGAGCCUUUUUGUACGGGAGCAAAGUUGUUGGACAAGACCGUUAUCGAAAACCGUGUUUUUAUUGGCCACGUGCAAAACUCAAAUGGAUGCUCGCUUCGAUUUUUUUUUUUUUUUUUUUAACAAAUUUCCCUGUACUCCUCAUUCUUCUUCGUCUUUUCGAAGAAACAUUCGUUACUCGAGGAUUUCGUGCAAUUUCGAAUAGUCGGAUGUUGGACGGCUUUCUAAAAAAUUAAUUAAUCAUUUUGAAUAGAAAAAAAUUCUUUUUUAAUAUAUAUAUAUAUAUAUCCGAGGAUGUCUAAAUAUUUGAAAUUUUCGUUCCAAAAUGUUUCGUCACUGUGGCGCCAUCGUUACGUCGCGGAGGACUGUUGAAACAUUAAAGAGAUUCGAUAAUUUCCCCAAAGUAUUCGAAAUUAUUUGACGCAUUCGAAUGACUCGGAUAUUUUUUAGAGUAGAAAAAGAAUAUAUAUAAUAAAAAAGGUGUUGUAAAUAUAUAAAAAGAGUUUAGUUAACGAAUCGAUUUAUUAACCUUUUGUGCCUUUGAAAGCGAAUCGUUGUGAACUGUUGGGAACCAACCGAUUUUUAACAAGCGAUCAUUUUCGUUUGAGAUGUCGCGGAACGAUCGAUCUAUUCCGGAAGAACAUUACAAAACUGGAAAAUACGUCUCUUUGACGAAUAGGAAAUAAGAUUUUUCCUAAGUAAAUUUUAUUUAUUCGUUACUUAUAAAGGGAAGGAGAAAAAAAAAAUAGAAAAGAAAUUGAACAGAAAUUUCUCGUAGCGUUUCUUGUAAAAUACUACAUAGAAAAAAAAUAGUUGAUAUUUUGUAAUGCAACCGAGCUUAACUAUAAAUCAAGAUUCUUAAUGAUAAAAUAAUGAUACCUAUAACAAAGGAAGAAAAAGUUAAAGAAUUUUGAAAAUUCAAGAUCUCUAUUCUAUCUAUGCGAUCUCGAAGUGUCUCCCUAUAUUUUUCGACCGUUGUCACUGUUUGUUGUCACGGAUCGAUUGCGAAAAAUCGAAUCGAGUAUCCGAGAAAUCGAUGUUGUAACUUCGAUUUGAACUAAAUAGCAAAAGAUAUAAAAGCGACAUGUGUGUAUAUGUAUAAACAUGGUCGAAAACUCAAAGCACGGCACAAGUAUCACUUUUGAAAGCGAAGCGAAUAUUUGCAGAAAAAAGAAAGAAAAUGAUGUUAGAAGAGAUGCUGAACUAUAAUUAAUAUACGAGGAUGUAUAAAUGUACUAGCCACAACUGUUGUCACUGCAGAGUAAAAGUGAAUCUAAUAUACAUAAAAUAUAUAUGUAUAUAUAUAUACGUAUGUAAAAGUAAAUUUAAAAAUACUGAACAUAUCUGUAAAGCCACGUAGCAUCACAUUUUUAAAGGUAAAACUCAAGAAUAUACCGCCAUUUUAUUGUUAACCAUCGAUCGUGUGUUUAUUGUCGAAACUUACCCUCCGAUCGAUCAAUCGAUAACGAUCUCCCUUUUUUUUCAACGUUGUUUGUCUGAUAAAUAAUAAAAAGGGAAAAAUGCUGAAAAAAAAUAGAAAAAUAUAUAUAAAUAUAUAAGAUAAUCCUCGAUUCGGAGGGGUUUCUUGUUUUUCGUGUUUGUAUCGAUCGAUUGAUCGAUCUAUAGUUUCGAGACGCACAGAAUCCGCGUAUAUGGUUAUUAUUAACAUACUUUUUAAAUAUUAUUGCGUAGCGAUAUAUUGUUAUUUGUACGAUAUAUAUAUAUAUAUACAUAAAGAAGCAAAUGGUGAAGAAUGAAAAAUCUGUUUACGUUACACUGUUGACAAACAAAAAAAAGAGCGGCCCACUUGAACGUCGAGUGCAGAGUACAAUGAAGAAAGAGCGAGAAAAAGAGGAAAAGGAAAGAAGUGUAUAAAGGAGUUUAACAAUAGAAAGAAAUAACAACCACUCUGUAUAUGUAAUUAUACCGAAGUUAAAAAAAGUAACCGCGUAACGUGCUAUAUAGAUAUUAUUAUUAAACAGACAAACACAAACACAAGAAAAAGCAGAAAAAAUAUAUUAUGGCGUAUUAUAGAGUUGUGCGUUUAAGUAGCCAGUGAUAAAUCUGCGAAAACAGAAAGGAAAGUAAUCUUUUUUUUUAUUUUUCUUUUUUUUCCCCUCCCGUAAUUCAUAAUAGUGUCAUUUAUCGUGAACAUUUCUCACCGUUUUUCAAAGAGAGACAAUUCGAUCAUCUUUUUUUCCUUUGCAUAUCCUUAUUUGUUUCUUUUUUGUUCGACCUUUUUUCGUUCUCUGUGCUCUUUUUCUCUGGUAAUAUUCUUGAACUAUUGAAAAAUCGUAAUUGUAAUUCGUCACUUCUGUCACGUGGUUGUCUAGAUCGUUGUAUAUCCGUGAAAUUUGCAAGACGAUUUUACAAAGGACACGCUUAUUCGUCUUGUUUGUUCAUUGAUAAUGCACGUCGAAAAAAUGCCACACGCUGAUGAUGGUACAAUAAUGGACACACCUGAAUAGAAAUGGUACCGGCAAUUAUCGCGUGAAAAUCGAGCACGUGCGAGUCACUUUCUUCUUAUUUCCCCCAUUUCGAUAAUCAUUCACAAAAAAAGUCAAUCACAAUUAAAUUACGUUGAAUGGAUACAUUUAAAAUUAAACAUUUUUUUUAAUAUGCAAAACUAAAAUUUAAAUCGAUAAAGACAUACUUAAUAUUCACAAAUUAAUAUUAAAAUAGCGUUAAUUUAAUAACAUACGAGCCUCUCACGAAUUAAGGUCAUUAACUCCACUUUUUACCAAUUUCAUAAUUAAUUUUCAUAUUCAUAAUUACGCGAGUUACAAGAUUUAUUUCCACAAAUUCAUUUAUUCCAAUAAAGUGAUAUAAGUAACAGGGAAUCCUAAAAUUUGAAAAGUGAAAACAUCACCUUUCUCUGCAUUUUAAUUUGUGGAAUUGGUCACUGUGCCAUUUUUUCUAAAUGACCGAUGUAUUUCUUUAAUAACGUUAUAUUUUUUUUAAUUAAGAUUGCCAAUUAGACACUUGUUCAAUAAUAAAACUAUUAAACAUCCAGCAUCAUUCUGAGGAUACUCUCUAUUACGAUUAUAUAUAAAAUUAUAUAUAAAGAUAUUCUCUAUUACGAUUCUCUUAUCUAUUGUUAUCGAUUAACGUAAUAGUUCAACCUUUUUCAUUGUUAAAAUAUAAAGAUGACAGUAGAACCAACCUAAAAAAGAUAACUUAUUUUAAAGUGCUCGCAAUUGCCCGAUUAAAAGAUAACUAGAUUAUACGUAUUUCUUUGGUGCUCGACAUAUCCGGUCGUUGUUACAUGUUAUUGUCAAUAUCCUAUACGAAUAAUAAUAAUAAUCAUCGUGAAUCCUUGUCAAGGCACAUCUUUCAUCGAUCAUCGAUCAUCGCGAUUAUUACUAUUUGCUAUUACUAUAACUAUUACUAGUACUACCAUGAUCACCACUAUUAUUAUUAUUGCUAUUGCUAUUAUUAUUAACUAUUAUUAUUAUCGUUAUAUCUGUAUUAUUAUUAAUUAUUAUUAUUAUUAAUUAUUAUUAUUAUUAUUAUUAUUAUUUUAUUAUUAUUAUUAUUACUGAUCACAAACUACCAUACCGCGCCGCAUCAUCUAUUGCUGGGUCAGUAUAAUUAUUAGCGAAUUAGGUUUGAGAAAUUAGCGAAAAUUAAUAUCGAUGAUUAUUUCGUACGGUCUCUAUGCACAUCACAAAAACUAUUUUUCCUCGUACAUAACAAUACACUAAAAUACACAUAUACACAUAAACAUUCUACAGACGUAUAGACACACAUAUGACAUGAACACGUGCGCGCGCGAAACAUUGUAAACACGCAUUGUGGUUAUAUUUCAGUGUAUCAGCAUAAUGAUAUGAUGUUUCCCAUAGAAUACAUUUUACUUGGUUUUUAUAUUUGGCAGUAUUUUAUUUAAGUGCCACUCGAGCAUGUGCGAAUCGAAUCGAUCGGUCGAUCGAAAGUUAGGUUAACCGAAUUUUGAAAAAAAAAAGAAUUCCGAAAUUUCAGGAUAGAAAAAUAAUAAUAAUAUCGAUAUCGAUAUAUUUUGCGAACAAUAUUGUUUAAGAUUGAUUUAUUACAGUACUAACAUCCUUUAAUAUUUUUUAAGACUUAAUGAAAUUUUUAUGAUUCUUUGUAUUUAUAUAUAUUAAUUAUUUUUCUCUUUUUUUUUCUUUUAGAUUAAAUGUAGAUAAAUAUUGAAUAUAUAGAAUACAGAGGAAUAAGAAAAAAAUAGAAUAAAGUGUUAGGAAAUUAUAGAAAAAUUUGAACGUUGGACUACCAAGGUCAUUCAUAAAUUAUAGUGUGCUGUUUGCGUAGUGAAAAAUAUCGAAUUCGCACGUGCUUGGAUAGUGUUGUACCAACAUCUAUACAUGGUUUGUUCGUAGCAAAUGAACAAUUUUUCAUCAAUUGUGAUAUAAUUUGUACAGUCAAAUUUUGUUACGAAUAUUUUUUUUUGAAGGUUAGAUAUCUUAUACAAUUAAUGUAUUUAACAUUCGACUAACCUUCAAAGAACUUGCAUAAAAUAGGUACACGAUAAUUGUAUUUUUUUCUAGUGAAAUCUUUUUUAAAUAAAUCGAUUGUUUUGAUCAAUUGAUUUAUCUUUUCGCACAAGAAUUAUGUUAGAAAAGGUGCCAUUUUUACCGAAGCACAGAUAUAAUAUAAUUCAUAGUCAAAUAUUUUUCUAACGGUUCAGUGUUAUAAGGAGAAAGGAAAUUUUAUAGAAAAUGAAUCGAUUCAAAUUUAAACUCGAAUCUGAGUUUCUUCGAUACCGGAUAUGAUGUCGAGAGGUAUGUGUGAGACUAAAACAUCAUUAGUUUCCUAUGUAUAAAAUAAUUGAUGUAUUUACAAAACAUUGCCUGUUCCAUAGUCUUCUUUUCAAUGUUAGUGGAUUGUAAAAUAUGUAAUAUAUGCAUUUAUUAUAUUUUCUUAAUUUGUGAAUUUUUCCAGAUUUAAUGAACACUUAAAAUUAAAAUUUUAAAAAUUUAAGAAAAUUAAGAAUCUUUUUAAAUUAAAGAAUUGGUUAAUAGAAAGAUAGUAUCUUCGUUUCAAGAAGACAAUAUAUAUUAAAACACAGUAAAAAAUAUAUAUUUCAUCUAUUACAAUCCAUUCGCAUAAAUUAUAUGACUAGAAAAAAUGUGUAUACACAUAUUGUUGUGUAAACUGUGCGUCUUUGUUGAGCCAUUGGACGUGUACGAAUGAAAUAUGAAUUUUCUAUUAAAACUUGCUACAUUUGAAAUUUUUUAAAGCUUAUAAUAACUCAUCUACGAAAACACACGUAUAUAUCGUGUUUUAAAAUUAAAGACCAAGAAUAAAAUUCGCACACGAUCCAAUAAACAAAACUACUAACACUGUGAUGUGUUUCUGUGGUCAUUGUAAAUUCUUCUCUUUAAUUCAUAAUCAUGUUUCAUUCAUUGAUCUCAUGACUGUCCACUUCGUGAACGUCUCUUUCCGCUUAAUAUGUACAUCUUCGUUGUUCAAUAUUCCUGAUCAUAUGCAAAAAACGAACACGUGCAUAUUGUCUAUACAAAAUACUAUUCCUAUACUUCAAUUUUUUGUGUCUAAAAUUAACGAAUUACAAAAGAAUUUUUGAAGCAAAAUAUUACUAGGAUAUUGUUAAAAUUAUAAAAUUAUAAUUUUUAUAUUUUUCAGGUAUUUCAUUUUUUCAAAUUGUUUCGUGUGUCGAAAUUCUUAGAUAACUUUUUAAUAAUUUUGUUCUCUAUCAGUGAGAAGCGCGUUUCUGCUUCAUUAUCUGUCUCUUUCUCUUUCUGUUUUCUCGAUAGGAACGAAAACACGUAUUUUCCUUGUGUAAAGUGUCGCACCGCAAAUGUCGAAACACCAUAUUACAUGUGUACAAUCCGUACCCAUUGGAUGUCGCUCGAUCAUCGUAAUCUAUCUAAACUUCGACACUUCUUGAUCUCAAGACUCUUUACUUUCAAACUUGUAAUUAAUUUUCUAUUGAUAAAUCUUUCUACCACGUUUGUACAAUCUAUGCACAUGCAUACACACACAUAACACGUACAUACACAAGUAUACACAGUAACACAUUCUAAACGAAUACAUAAUGUGGUAUACUAUUGUGUAAUCAGUAAUCGGUGUAAUGAGACGCAGAGAAGCGAUAAAUAACACACAGAUACGCAUUUUUUGCACCGACGUACUAACACAACUUUCAUUGUGACGUCCACUAAUGUAAUUCAUACGAUCGUGUACAUGUAAGAUCAGCGCCGCUCUACGACUCUAUUUCGCUCGGUUACGUUAACUAAAUUUUCAAACGUUACAGACGUUCAGAGGUUUCUCGUUUGCCAUUAUUUUUUUAAUGCCUUUAAUAUUCUAAAACAUAUAAACAAAAUCUUGAAAAGAAUUAGUCUAAAAUUUACUAAGAGUUAGUAAAAAAUAAUGUGUGUUUUCAAGGUUAUUGUAAAUUACUGGACUGCAAAUAUUCAUACAAUAUUCAUAAAUAUUCAUAAAUAUGACUAAAAAAUAGAAUCUAAACAAAAAUUUGUUUCAUUCUUUAAAUAUUGUUAAAAGUAUCAUGUAUUUUGAGUAUUGUAUACAUUUUUGUGUUUAUAUCCAUUCUGAGUAUUUUUCCAGUUUAAAUUUCUCGUAAAUGCAUAAAUAUCUGCAGUCUAUUAAUUAUCAUAAUUAUAGAACGAGUUCAAUAUCCUGUUGCAACAUGAUCUUCAAAAGAUCUGAAGUAUCAGUAAAAUAUCUUUGUUGAUUUAUAUUAGUAUGUAAAGGUGUUUCACUUACAGUGGUCUCCUUAAGCAUUUUCGCUAUAUAUAUUUUCAUCUUUUAAUAAUAAAAUGCAUAUUGCUAAUAUAUUUUAAAUUUAGUUAAUAUUACUCCAAGGUCAUGUUGUUACAGGUUAUGACAUAAAAUGUCUUUUUAUUGAGCUUGGAAUUUAGAGAUGUAUGAUCUAAAAAAAAAAAAAAAAAAAAAAAAAAAAAAAUUAAGUCAAUUUAAAAAAGAAAAUAAAAUUCUUUCUAAGAUAUUUUUUAAUAAAAAGUAAAAGGCAUAUUUUAAAGAAGAUAUACGUGUGUUUAAAAUUUUUAAAGAAUCGUGAUUAAUACAACACGUGGCACAUAUUACUCUGACAGCUUUUUAAGAGGAACACAUGAUAUACAGAAGUCGCAAAUCGUUCUCAAAUAUAAUUAACAAGUUCAAGAUGCUUUAAAUAAUGAACAAACAUUGAAAAAGCGUGGAAAAAUGAAAUAUCUUAAAUAUGCACGAUCGUAUUUUGUCCUCUGUAGAAAUGCCUUAUUGUCACGUGCCUCAAUUAACAAUUAAACUGUUCACCUGCUUACCAAUUACUUGUUAGUAUACGUAUCAACAAAUAUGUACGUGUAAUAUCGCGUUAUUCUUUGUACUGCUCUUGUAAAUAUAUUCUGAACGAUUACUGUCA